UUUAUUUAUGUCUCAAUAAUUUGUGGGAAUCAACGGAGAAUAGACAGGCCUUGGAUUCACGAAUCGAGAUCAAGGUGCAAAAGUUGAAGAAGAUCAAGGUUUGAUUGAUUUCAAAAUAAUAACCAAUGAUGGAACCCAUGAAAGCAUGAAAAUGCUGAUUGAUCUCAAAAACAUCUUCGCUAGGUAAUUACCAAAAAUGCCUAAAGAAUAUAUUGUACGAUUAGUCUUUGAUCGGAAUCAUGAAUCUAUGUGUAUAAUAAAAGUAUUUCAUCAUAGUUAUGUAUUUAGGACAACACUAAAGUCAUUGGAGGAAUUUGUUAUAGAAAAUAUCCAACUUAACGAUUUGCUGAGAUAGCAUUCUUAGCUAUUACUGCUACACUCUAAGUCAAGGGUUAUGGAACUAGAUUAAUGAAUAAAUUUAAAGAACAUAUUCAAAAACAGGAUGUUGAAUAUUUACUAACUUAUGCUGAUAAUUAUGCCAUUGGAUACUUUAGAAAACAAGGAUUCUAUUAAGAAAUCAAAAUGUAGCUAGAUCGAUGGAAAGGAUUCAUUAAGGAUUAUGAUGGAGGAACUCUAAUGGAAUGUUAUGUACAUCCUACUAUUGAUUAUGGAAAUAUUAGUGAUCUAAUUAGGGAAUAAAAACAGGUAAGAUUUAGUUUAAUACUAGCAAAUGAUAGAUAUUAUUAAGAAAUUAACCUUAAAUGAUAGAGUUUACCCUGGAUUGGAUAAGCAAAAUUACAAAGUUGAAAAUUCAAAUUCUGAUAAGCCUGCUGUCAAACCUGAAAGUAUUUAAGGCAUUUUAGAAAGUGGAUGGACUUUAGAUGAUUAUAAUGAACUCAAAAAAUAAAAAGAAAAAACUUUCAUGAUAUCUUGCCAAUAAAUUAUUGACACCAUGAGAAAACAUAAAUCUGCUUGGCCUUUCUUAGAUCCAGUCAACAAAGAUGAUGUUCCUGAUUACUAUGAUGUUAUUACAGAUCCUAUUGAUAUCAAAACUAUUGAAAAAAAAUUACAGUCCAAUUAAUAUACAUCCAAAGAUCUCUUCAUUAAGGAUGUUAAGAGAAUAUUUAUAAAUUGUAGAAAUUACAAUCAACCUGAUACCAUUUACUAUAAAUGUGCCAAUGAAUUAGAACGCAGCAUUGAUGAUUAUUUAAAGAAACUUAAAGAUGAAUAAUAAAUCCCUGGUGUUAGUAAAAAAAUCAAAAAAACAAGUAAUAAAUGA